UUAUGCCUGGAAGUCAGUGCUCAGGGUGAAGGUUCUGCCCGCUGUGGGUUUAGCAGCGUGUUUAUUUGUGACCGCUCGUCAGAAAGUGGAGAAAACAGCUUUGUCCGUCGCCGUGUCCGUGGGUAAAUCCUCUUUACUGCCGAAGUGACCCACAGCUUCCCCGCGGAGCUUUAGUUCCCCCACCUGCUGCCCGACGGAAGCCGUUAACUCAACCCGAGGAUGGCAGUCCGGCUGCGGCGCCCCCUGGUGGCGGCGGCCUCCCUGUUUCUGUGCUGCCUGGUCGGGGUGCGGUGCGGCCCGGACCCCAGGCUGCGGAAGGAGCUCAUGGAGCUGGAGGCGUCCAUGCAGACGGGCGGCGGGAUGGUGCUGACGGACGCUGAGCAGCGGCUGGACGCUCUGCUGGCCAAACUGAAGCAGGACGAGAUGUCCAGGAAAGACUUCCCUCCCUCCAUGCACUUCUUCAAGGCCCGGCGCCUCAUCCAGGCGAGUCCCCUCUUCAGGCUGCUGCAGAAGAUGCCAAAAGGCGGCGUCCUUCACGUCCAUGACUUCGCCAUGGUGGACGCGGAGUGGCUGGUGAAGAACGCGACGUAUCGCCCGCACUGCUACAUGUGCUUCACCGACAGCGCGUCCGUCCGGUUCGUCUUCGCAUCGCAGGGACCCAAACCUGUGGAGCGCUGCUCCCCCUGGGUCCUGCUGGAGAGCCUGCGCUCCGAGACGGGCAACGCAACCGACCUGGACAACAGCAUCAGAGGUAACCUGACGCUGUUUACGGACCGGGAUCCGGAGACGGAGUUCCCCAGCCAGGAUGCGGUCUGGAACCGCUUCGAGGCGGCCUUCGGGGCCUUGUGGGGGCUGGUGACCUUUGCCCCCGUCUUCAGGGAUUACUACAUCGAGGCUCUGAACCAAUUCUACGCAGACAAUGUCAUGUACCUGGAGCUGCGCGCGCUAAUCCCUCAGCUGUACGAGCUGGACGGCCGCAGCCACGACCAGGCCUGGACCCUGCAGGCCUACCAGGACCUCACCAAGCAGUUCGUCUCCACUCACCCAGACUUCUACGGAGCCAGAAUCAUCUUCACGAAUCACAGGCACGCUAAGCUGUCGGUGGUAGCUGCAGCUGUGAAGGAGGCGAUGCAGCUGAAGAAGGACUUUCCUGACUUCCUGGCCGGUUUUGACCUGGUGGGCCGGGAGGACCAAGGCAGGACGCUGUGGUACUUCAGGGAUGCCCUGGCGCUGCCUGCAGAGAAAGGCGUGACGCUGCCGUACUUCUUCCACGCCGGAGAGACGGACGUUGAGGGAACUGAAGUGGAUCAGAACCUGCUGGACGCUCUGCUGCUCAACACGUCGCGGAUCGGCCACGGGUUUGCGCUGCAGCGCCACCCGGUGGCCAAAGAUCUGUCCAGGAAGAGGGGCGUGGCUGUGGAGGUGUGUCCCAUCUCCAACCAGGUGCUGAAGCUGGUUAAGGAUCUGCGGAAUCACCCCGCCGCCGCUCUGAUGAUGGAGAAUCACCCGCUGGUCAUCAGCUCCGACGACCCGGCCAUGUUCGGCUCCUGCGCCCUCUCCUUCGACUUCUACGAGGCGUUCGUGGGUUUCGGCGGUUUGAACUCCCACAUCGGCUCCCUGAAGCAGUUGGCCGUGAACUCCAUCAGGUUCAGCUCUUUGACUCCGACGCAGCAGGAAGAGGCGCUGGUUCUGUGGCAGAGAAGAUGGACCGAGUUCGUGGCUAAAAACUCAUUCCUGAAGACCAACUAGAACGUUUUUCUGUCACAUUGAAUUUUUUCCAGCUGUUCCACUGAAACAGAUGAUCCUCAACACAUUCAUCCUUUUUUUUUUUCUUUACAGAAAUAAACCCAAACAGCUGCUGCUUCAUUUAAAUCAGGGGAAAUAUUGAUUAUUUUCAAUAGAAAAUGUGAAACUAUUGAUUAUCUGAUCCCUGGACCGGCACUAUUGCUGCAGCUAAUGAUUAUUUUAGUUGUCGAUUAAACAAUUAUUCCGAUGAUUAAUUAGGUCUGUCACAAAAAACUAAUUUUCCAGUUAAUUAAAAGAAAUAAACGAUAAUAUUGUCAUUUUGAAACCAUUUCAACUAUUAUAGUAAUAAUGGCAUAUUAAUGCAAGUACAUCCUCUCAAAUGUAAGAAAAACUAAAAUUUCUGAAGAACAUUUAACACUGGAACUUUUAAAUAUUAAAAAUAAAGAAAUAAUUAAAAUGGAUUAUGAAUGUCUGUAGCCCAAAUUGGGUUUGAAAAAUUAAUCAUUUAACCAUUUUGUGUCAGAUUUGCUUCUCCUUUAAAAAUAGCUUUUAAAUCUCAGCGGGUUUUUAUAUUGGUAAAGUAAAAGUUUAAAAACUAAAUAAAAAUGUUAAUGAAUUUGACAGGGACAGGGAAAACAGGCAAAAGUGGCAGGAAACACUUUUGUAAAAAGAAAAAAUGGACGAUGCAGCACAUCUUUAAUGAUUCUUGUCCAACAGAAGAAGCUCAUUUUAAUUUAUCAUGCUGUUUACUGACUGGUUGCUGUGACAGGCCUACACUGACACUGCUGAUGAUUUUUCCUUUAACCACUUUAGUAUUAAGGGUUUUUCUGGUCAUGAAUGAUUAUUGUUGUGCUAAAAGCAGUUGGAGUAUCAGAGACGUUAUGCUAGUUUUUUAAGACGCUGCAUGAAUGAUCAGAGAAACUCUGGAAAGCUGAAUGACUAGAAUAAAACUUUUCUCCACUCUGAUGUUUGAAGAACAAAUUAAAAACUAUAAGUAUCUUUGCCGUUGAGAUCCCAUCUGUAAUUAACAAGAAAAAAGUUUUUUUGUUGCUGACUUUGUUGAAUAGUUGAAUUAUUUAAUUGCAAAGCAGUAAAGUUGAUCUAAACAUUU